CGCAUAGGAUAGGCCACGCCAAUAUUCCACGCCCAAACACACGCGCAGACCGGCGAGCGAUAGCUGAUAGCCCCGGCCGUCGACGACCCAAGCGCGCCACCCCGUCGACCGAUCUACCAGUACGUGUCCGGUCGCCCCUCGCCGCAUGCAGCUGUGCCGGAAGGGGGCUUAUUUUUGCUAACUGCACGACAUGAGGAGGUUCUUGCCGGCGGGAGUAGGGGAGCCCUCAUCCUCCUCCUCGUCGGGUCCGCACGGGAAGCACGAGGGCAGCGAGGCCGCCGCUGCUGGCGGCGGUCUGCGCUACGGAGGGGGAGACAUCUCGCUGGGGCGCGGCAACGACCUCCUCCACGGCCAGUUCCGCGGAGGCGAGGGGGAGAUGAAGGACGACGGAGCGGACAUGCUGGCCCGGCACAGCAGCUCGCCGGCGGGGUUCUUCUCCAACCUCAUGGUGGAUGACGGAUAUCAUGGCUCGAGAGGCGCCGGAGUAGCUGGUGGCAGCAGCGGCGGCGAAGCCCACCGUCACGCCAGUAGCAGCACGAAGAUGAAGUCCCAGCUGAGCUUCACGGCCGGCGGACAACAGACCACUGCCCACCUCUCGCGUAUCUCCGAGGGCGCCUCCUUAUUCCCCAGCGCCGACGCCGUCCGCGCUGCCGCGCACUCGGGCAGCGAGCACCCCGUGUCGCGUUCCUUCUCGGCCAGCGGCAGUAGCGGGGGCUUCUCCAUCGUAGGGCCGUGGGAUGAGUCGAGGGAGAUCAUCGGCACCCUCGAUCUCGGCGGUUACGAGUCUCAGUUCAGUGGCAUGGCGAGCUCGUCGUCGCUGGAGCUGGCGGGGAUGGACAAGUACAUGCAGGCGCAGCAGCAGCAGGACCAGGUGGCGUUCAAGGUGCGGGCCAAGCGCGGCUGCGCGACGCACCCGAGGAGCAUCGCCGAGAGGGAGCGGAGGACGAGGAUCAGCUACAAGCUCAGGAAGCUGCAGGACCUAGUGCCCAACAUGGACAAGCAAACGAGCACCUCGGACAUGUUGGACCUCGCGGUGGAGCACAUCAAGGGCCUCCAGAGCCAGCUGCAGGCCAUGAAGCACGAGCAGGACAAAUGCACCUGCUGCAACAAGCCUUGAGCAAUUAAGCAGAGGACCAAGGACUGAUCAGCACAACGCAAAGAAUGACACCACCCUUACUCGAGAGAAAUGUACAUGCAUGCAUGGGUAAUACUAUUGAUCCAACAUGAUGCAUGAAUUAGUGCAUGCCAAUGCUAAAUGAGUACAUGGAGCUCAACGGUUCAUACUUUAUUCAAGGCGGCAAGGAACUGGCAGCCGUUCUGAUGGACCCUUCAACUUGUUCCCAGUCUUUGGCCAUAAUUAUCUUGAAGCAGGUGGCUAGUAGAUCAGGUACCUCUCCCGUUUCCACGAGAACAUGAAUUUUGGUACUAAUUAAUUGCUGAGACUGAGAAUUCUUAUUCCAAUUUUUUGUAAUAACCAUGCAGCCAUUGGCUCUCUUCGUAGCAUAUAGACGUGUGCGAAGUGAAAAGAAUAAAACCACCACAUCCCUGGGGUCAUAUGCAAAAAAAACACCACAAUACACACAACCUGCAAAAACCACCGAACGCAAGAAGAGAUCAAUGCAUGGUUCAAACAGAGGUAAUUUUAUGCAACUCUACACAGAUUCUACGGAUAGAAAACAUCAUCUACUAGUUGAGAUACCUUAAUCGAGAAUAUGAUGGAAAAACUAAAGGAUUUUACAAGGAGAAUCGGAUCAGAUCGACGCAUACCAAAGGAGGAAACCAUCUUUGAGAAACUGAGCCGAGGAAGAGACCUGCAAGGCACGGGAUCGAUAGAAAAAUGGUAGAGGCGACGACGACGGUGGCGUGAGACACCAAGGGUGUGAGGGUAAUAGGUGAGAGUGGGAACCCUAACCCCCACGCGCCCCGUAUCAAAGGGCACUUGGAACCGCUACCCCGUGCGCAUGGGCUAAAGUUGCCGGGGGCAUGGGGUCCCGUGCACGCGGUAUAGAGCCUGUGGGCACGGGGUGUCCAGUUGAUUUUGACAACAAAUGCAAGAAAUGGCACAUGGCUGGUUAGAACUAGCUAUCCUUACAAAGUGUCAUGCUGCAAGGUCAUCUCACUUCUGAACAUCAUCACAAAAGAAAUCCAAUACUACUUGAAAGGUGCAUGUGGAGCACUUGCAUAGACUGAAAAACAUGCCUUAUGAUGAGAAUAGAUUGAAAAGCAUGCCUUAUGAUGAGAAUGGAAUAUGAUAGAUCCGCACUAAAGCCAAUAUAGAUAUCAUAUACACUCAUUUUUGCAACAACAAAAUAGAAAACCCAAAAAUUGAGUGCACCAUCAUACUUUAGCAUAUAAUGACAUAAAGGUCUAAAAUACCCAGAUAAGUAACAAAUAAACAUCCAACACUAGUGCAGGGACGUCCUAUGCAAACGGUUUUUACCCCCUUUCAGUGACACAAUUUUAAACCGUCGCCUUGCUAACAUGGGCGAUAGGGGGUCCAUCCCACACGACCCAGAUAAAUCGUCGGCGAUAGCACACACUCGGAGCAAAAGAGCUCGUGUGCAAUCGGGUGAGCUGUCAUGAACAAUUGUGCGGGACAAAAUCAUGUGACAUGUGCUUAGCAUCCCACACAAUGAAUUCCGAACAAAAUUUUCCGUUGGUAUGGUGCAUCACACACAAUUUUUUGCAUAAACUCGUCUGUGAUAGGGGCGGCAAACGUUUUUUCUGUGUAUAUCGUUUGCGUUAUUCAAGUACAACACAAACAUGCCUACCUAGAAGAAACUAUAUGAAAUAAUGCUGCCCAUUACACACAUUUUUCCCAUGGAAAUGUUUGUGCAAGGUGGCCUAACGCAAUAGUUGACUGAAACGUCGUGUGUGGUUGUUCAUUGAUCUCACAUGUCUAGUUCUAGAAACUGUAGGGGUUGUCUGAGGUCAUCGCCCACGAAGUUGUAUGAGUAGCCAUCUGCAGUAUAAAAACCCAAUAAGUAGGCUAAUUAGCCCAUUACUUUUUAUACAUUUAGUAAUCAAAUUGACAUUUCAUAUCAAACACACAAUAUAUUUCAUAUUCAUGUAACGGCAACCCGGAUUUCAUAAUAGAAAUACAUCUGGGUACACAAUCACAUAGCUAGUUCGGCACUCAGUUACACCAUAUAGCUAGUUCACACCCCAUUACACAAUAGCAACAAGUUUCACAUGCAACAUCUAAAACCUUUAAAAUGUAGCAUCAUAGAUGGUAAAUAGACAGAUAUAUCUCGUCUUGAAAAUUGCUGAAGUGGAAGGUGAAUACAUAUUGAGCCUUUAACGAUGUUGAAGGUCCUUGCAACUUUAGGCUUGUGGAUGUGGAUGAUUGCCCUCCCGUCCUUCGUCAUCUUGAGGAAGACUUCAAUAUUAUAUCGUGAAUGUUGUAUGAAUACCUUCCUCACCUCUUGACCAUACCGGUGGUUUGAGAGGUAACCAUCAGUGAACUGCUUUGAAAAGGACUGAAAACAAAGAUAUGAAUAAAUAUCUUCUCUAAAUCUUGAAAUGGCGCAUAGGAAAAAAACAAAGUAAAAGAGUUAGUACCAUCCUAUAGUUGAUUGAUGUCUUCUUCAUUGUGCAGACAAAGAUCUUGCUAUUUUUCGACGCUAGUUUCUUUAUCCUAACAAUCUUUCUGAAUUUCUCGACUUCACUGAUAUUUAUGGACAUCUCAUUUCCCCCAUACACAAAUUGGGUCGAACGAUGGGUCUAAACCUCUGACAACAGGACCUACAUAUGCGAGACCAAAUUAUUGAAAACUUAAAUAUUAGAACGGUUCCUGCAGUUGCACAAUAAUGUGCUAUUAGCCAAAGGAUCAUGUGUAAACCUCAAUGGUAAGCCUCAGUGUCUCCCAUUGUUACGCAGCAACAUAUGGUAGAUAUUGACCAGGUUAAGUGAGAAUUGGCAUACUAUCAAUAAAACAUGUUAGUGCAAAAUAAACACACCGCAGAUGCGACAGAUUAAUCUGAGCCACACGGAAAAGCCAGUAAACCAAAUCAAGCAUGCUUAACAACUAGUAUAUCGUAAUUGUAUAUGUUUCUUAUGUAUUUAGUAUAGCCAAAUUUGAUUUAUUUUCCACAUACAUAACACUAGAAAAUUGUACACACAACAAUUGAACAACACAUUGCAGAAUUGAACCAAACAGUUAACUAAACACCACAACAAAUAAACCAAAUAGUUAACUGAGCACCACAUUGCACAAUAGAACAUACUAGAAGAUCGUAUUGCAUAGUAACACUACAUUGGACAAUUGGCUAAAAAAUUCUAAAGGAAAUGUCGACAUUUUGGGAACGGGGGUACCCAUACUUGCCUGCCUGCGGCCCGCGGAGUGGCUCCAUUGACGGCCUGGAACGGCCCAUCUUCAGCAUCAACAACACAAGACCCUCGCGAGGCAGACAUGCCAAGACCUCCAGAAGGAGCGGCCUCCUCAAGCUGGCUCCUGAGGAGCGGAGAUUUCUAUGCAAGCCUUCACCUCGUGAGGUUUGGAUGACGUGAGAAGUGACGACCAAGGCCAGGCGGGCGCCAGCGGGCGCAGUACAACAGUUUCCUCUUUGGUGUAAGGAGGCAAGAGCAGGCGUGGAGUCCCGAGGAAUCAGCCAAAGGUUUCCAUUUCCAUGCAACAAGACCAAGACCGCCAGGACGGCAGGACAGAGGUCAUCGCCGAGCCCACCACGGCGUCACGACCAGAGGCUUUGCAGGCGAAGACCAUCUUUUGUCAGGAUAGGAUGUACCAGUUGUCUCCCUUCGAAUUUGGCCGUUGUGGUAUCCCUUCCCGCCUCCGUUUUGGGGAAGAGGACCAAGGCCACUAUAAAUAGGGCCUAGCCACCACCGUAGAAGGGACGGAUCAUUCAUCAGCUCACCAGCUCACCCAAACACAAGAACACACCUCCUGAGGUUGUUCUCCCACUGUACUAGUUCAUCCUCAGCCCACCUCGAGGCCAAUCCACCACAAAGCAGGAGUAGGGUUUUACACCACAAGGUGGCCCGAACCUGGGUAAACUGCCUUGUCCCAUUUACUCCCAGUUCAUCGAGCUAGGCCGUGGGUUCAGUGAGUAGGCGGACUGGGGAGGUUGUGUUCUUCACACGCACCCCAGAGUUUGAAUCUAUCCAGGGUCUGUGGAGCCCUGAAUCCGACAUUUGGCGCACCAGGUAAGGGUGUGUCGGAGCCUCUCUUCCUCCAGUCGACUCGCCGCCAUU